CUGUCGUUUCUGGUCGUGUGCCUUGUGUGAGUUAAAGAUUUAAAGAUCUAACAUCUACUAAUUCUUAUUUUCAUGUGAUUAGUGCAAAUAGUACCUACUGAAGAUGAUAAAUCAAGAUUUUGUCAUUCCCUUGGACAAGGAUGAGCUUGUCCGCACGCAUUUCACAGAUUAUGGCCAUCGGGAUAUUGUACCUUUGCAGAUGAUUAAUAAAGAAAUCAAUGCUAUUAACCAACAGAAAUUGACAGAAAAGGGACCUUUUGAGCUUGUACAAGAGAAGCUGGAUUUGUUUCUCUCAGUGAUUGUUCAUGGCAACAAAUUGGAGUUGUCUAUAUUGUUACGUGUUUUCAACAGGAUUUUGAAAAUUGUACAAAACAUUAUUGGAUACUUAGAGAAGAAAGCUGAACAAUCACCUGAAUUGGAUUGUGAGCAAAAUGAAAAGUUGAAUUUAUUGUCGACUAUUAAAAUACUAGCUUAUAUCAAAUCUUCCACACUGUGCCUUAUUGAAGAUCAAAUAGCUGACAAUAAUAGUAACAAUGCUGACAACAUUGGAAAACGCAAGAAAAAUAUUCAAAAGUCAGAUAUAGAAGAGGAGUGGGAAAUUCAAAGAGAACAGGCAAUGGAAAUUUUGCACCGUUGGCUGCAAUUACCUUUGAAAAAUCUAUGGACACCACCUAUAGUAGAAGAUACAUUUGUUAGUACUAUUGGUCAAAUUUGCUAUAAAAUAUUGGAGAAAACGAAAGAUAUAAAGUCAAAAACUGUUAGAAACUUGAUUUUCCAAAUUCUUGGCAUACUUGUCAAAAAAUACAAUCAUGGAAUAGCCUGUGUUGUUAGAAUAAUUCAGCUAGCUAAGUUUCAUGAAGCUCUUGCAGUACCCAUUGGAGUUGGUGUUGUGACAAUGAUAACUGAAUGUGGUUGCAGUGGAUUAAUCAAAGAAAUUGCAAGAGAAAUAGGCGAAAGUGAACCUGGAGAAGCAGAUGCUCGUAAUUUCUGUAAUUUCCUUGAAGCUGUUGCAACGACACAAGCAGAUAUUAUGUUGCCAAUCCUAGACAAUAUAAUGGAUUUUCUUGACAAGGAUUGUUACGUUAUGAGGAAUUGUGCUAUAGGAGUGAUGGGAGUGAUUGUAGCUAAAGUUUUAACUGGUGAAGAGUUGCCACCAGAGAAACGUAUUAUAAGAGAUGAAUGUUUGGAUAAUUUAGAGGAACAUAUUUUAGAUAGCAAUGCAUAUGUCAGAUCAAAAGUGCUUCAAACAUGGCAAAGACUGUGCUGUGAUGGUGCCAUACCUUUAUCUAGACAAAAUAGUCUAUUGAAAGCAUCUGUUUUGAGAUUAGAGGACAAAAGUGCUAAUGUCAGAAAGCAAGCUUUGCAACUGUUACGUGCUAUUUUGCAAAGUAAUCCUUUUGCUUCCAAGAUGAAUCAAGAGAAAUUUGCUCAAAAUCUUGAGCAAGCCAAAACUGAGUUGAAGCAGCUCCAAACUGAGAUUUAUCACACUGCUGAGGCAGAAGAGGAAAAAGAAGAGUUAUGGAAAACUCAGUUACCACUUAUUGAAAGUGCUAUUGAUCAGCUUACAGAAGAAGAAAGAAAUAAUCCGAGUGAUGAUGAAGUGGAAAACGAAGAACUGGAAGAGAUUAACAUGAAAGAGACAUUUGACAAAAUUCAGAAUUACAUAUUGAAAGAUAAGUGCAGGAAGGCCGUCAAAUAUUUAAAAAAAUUGUUCAAGCAUUCUGGUUUCGCCAAGGAAAUGAAAAACUUGUCAGAGGAAACAAAAAAAGAAGCAUUACUACUGUUUAUGUACAAAAUUUUCAUGAACUCUACUUCUAAAAAGAAUGAUACGAACAAUGAUGAGAAAGCAACACAAUCGACGAAAAAAAGGCUAACAACUGAUCAAGAGGAAAUUAAUAAGUUAGAUCAAAUCAAAGUCAAGAAGAAACUUGUAGAGUAUUUACAGAAUUGCCUUGACUUCUCUACAGAAUUGGAAAAAACCAUUCCUACAGUAGAGAAGCUGCUCUACUCUGUAAAUCCCGGCGAUGCUAUUGAAGCAUGCUCUUUCCUUGGCGCAGCUAAGCAGUUUCAAAUUGCGGGAGCACUAGAUGGAGUACGAAAAGCUCUUUUCCAAAUCUUUUGUCGCGAUCAGUCAGUGCGAGAUAAUUUGGCUAUGGUCUACAAGGAGAUUUAUCUUGAUCAUUCUGGACAGUUACUCACUAGUCGCGCGAAAGCUCUGAGAUCUGUUUACGCUCUUAUUCAGUUGCUAGAUGGAAUGUUGCCCGGACAGAGUGCUGCACUUUCUAAGCUUGUUGUUUCUUGGAGGGGUACUAAUGAGCUUGAUGGUGAAGCUUUGAAGGUCAUGUGGGAGAUGUUUUCUCUAAAGUUGAAUGAUACAACUUCAGAACAAAGCAGAUCAGCAUUAAUGCUUUUAACAAUGGCAGCUCAGGUAGAACCCAACAUCAUUACUGACAAUUUAGAUGUCCUUAUAAAAGUUGGUCUGGGUGAGAGAGCACAAAUCGAUCUCUUGCUAGCUCGUGAUACUUGCAGAGCUUUCUUGUCCAUCAAACAAGAUUGUUCAAAGGAUAUAGAUAAAUCUCCUAUCAAGUACCCCAACGAUCAUGAAAUAUUUAUCCAACUCAGCAGCCUCAUGAAGGAAAAGAUCUUCGAGGAAAAAGAAAAUGGAUAUACAUCUUUUGCAACAGAUGCUAUCAACGUCAUUUAUCAUCUCGCUGACCAGCCAGCAAAUAUUCUACAAGAUAUUCUUGCACAUAUCGGCAAAACUGGCAAUUUUAUACGCACGUCCGGUGCUCCGGAAUCAAAUAUCGAGCUUCCCUCGCAUCUUCUUUCUCGGUUUCUCUAUGUCAUCGGACAUACAGCUAUUCGCGAGUUAGUCCUCUUGGAUCAGUCGAUCUACAAGGAAUUAAAACGUCGUAAUGCCGUGCGUGAGAAAAAGAAGGAAGUUCGUUCGAGAAUUAGUAACAUUAAAAAUCGAAAAUCAUCGUCAAAUACCUCGAGAAUAUCUAACAUGUCCACUAUAUCAAAUGCAUCGACUAUCAUGGGCAGCGCGCACAGAUCUAUAAGAGCUAAGCAUGAUGACGAACAGGAAGACAGUAUGGAGGGUUCUACUGCUGAUGAUGCUGAUGCAGAACAUAUUAACAUGUGUUUGGAAGAGGAGUUGUUGGCUGAAAAUGGAUACUUGAGAAAGUUUCUUCCACUUAUACUGGAAGUUUGUCAGCACCCUGAAAAAUACAGUCACAAAGAGGUUCAAGCUUAUGGUGUUAUUGCAUUGGGCAAAUUCAUGACGAUAAGCUCAAACUUUUGCGAAAAGAAUCUUCAGUUGUUUGUUACGAUUUUAGAACGUUCUUCUUGUCCACAAAUCAGGGCUAAUAUUUUAAUUGGAUUAGCUGAUCUAAUGACAAGAUUCCCUAACCAAGUUGAACCUUGGACUUCUCAUAUCUAUGGACGCCUCAAAGACGAUAAUCUAACGGUCAGAAGCACCUGCGUCAGAAUGUUAUCCAACUUAAUUUUGGGUGAAAUGAUUCGCGUGAAAGGACAAGUAGCACAACUCGCGCUUUGCUUAGUUGAUGAUAACGAAAUAAUUCGUAGCGAUACAAAGCAAUUGUUCAAAGAUUUAUCACAUAAAGGACACGCUCUUUAUAACGUUAUGCCUGACAUUCUAUCUUGUCUUUCGGAUUCUGAAUUAAAGCUGUCAGAGAAGAAUUUCCAGGAAAUCAUUAAGUACAUCCUUGGACUACUGCAAAAGGAUAGGCAGGUCGAUAGUAUAAUUGAAAAAUUGUGCAGUCGAUUUAAAUUGGCAACUUCAGAGAGGCAGUGGCGCGAUCUUUCAUACUGCCUUUCAUUAUUGAAGUUCAGUGCAAAAGGUAUUAAAAUUCUAACAAAAGACCUUCCUCUUCUGAAGGAAAAAAUUCAUAAUGACGAUGUGCAAAAAGCCCUGAAUUCUAUCAUUGAUCAAGCGAAACGGCGACCAGACGCUAAAGUAGCCUGCGCUGAGUUGGAAGAAAAAAUCAAAGAAUUGUUAGAUAAUACCGAUAAUAAUGAACAGAAUGGUGGUUCGUCGAAGCCACUCACAGACAGCGAGGCAAUGCCUCCACCUCUAAGGCCAGUACCAAAAACCAGUAAAGCAACGAGGAAAACGCGAGGCAGAAGGGAGGAAGAAGAGGAAGACGAGGAUGAAAAUGAUGAAGAUUUUGAGAAUAGAUCGACUUCUAAAAAUAACAGUAUCAGAAGAAGUUCGAGAAAAAAAAAAUCAGACUCGAUAAAUAAUGCCACAAUGAAUAGUGAAUCGGAAGACGAAGAAAAUAAAACACCUCGAAAGUCUACAAGAAUUACCGCUGUUAAGACUCCAACGCCAAUAGAAUCUAGUAUCCUAGUAAGGAAAAAUUCUCGAAAGAAAAAUGAUAGUAUAUCUAUAUCUCCAUCUCCAGUACCACCAGCUAAAAGGAUCAAAUCAUCUAGAACUUAAGACAUUUACAGAAUACAAAGAAGGUGCAAUCACCGAAACUAUGU